AUGGACGACAUACUUCAAAGCGUGCGGGAGGAGAUGCGCGAAGAAGAGGAACAUUGCGAACGGCCAUCAACACCUACUCCCUCACCCCACCGCGGUGCUGAAGAAUCUCCGCGCAAAAGAAGGCGCAGAGAACUCGAGUCGUCCCCACCAUCCUCUCCGACUAAGCGCACCCGAGCACUGUCUUCCUCUCCGACCCGGGUGUUCAUGCCCCCGUCUUCAUCACCUGGCCCCAGCCCCGAGCAGUUGUCUUCUCCAGGUCCAUCCUCCCCCAUUGCUGAGUCAUCCGGCACCGCCGGGCCGAUCUACCCGUUCCCGACGCCUCAAGACCGUGUCCGACCCAGCGAAUAUCUGCGUGGCCAAUGUCCCGCAUGCUUUGGUGGCAAAUGGGAAGAUGCACAAAUGGCGCUGCAUUGCAUCGUUUGUGGAGAUGCAUGCUUUACGCAAAAAAGGAACAAGGAUUGGGGGCAGCAAGACCCAGUACGCGCGCAUCCGAAGUCUUCUUUUCUACCCGAUGAAGCGACAGAAAAGAUGGCUCAGUGGGUCGAAGGGAUCCGUCCCACGCGUCCUGCUCCGGGCUCAGCGGCUGCACCAACACAAGAGGCCAAUGAUGAUGACGAGAUCGAAGCACUGUCCAUUCCUCUGCCGCGAUCUGUGCUCAAUGAGUGCGAGCGGUCUUUCGCUGCAGCAGACGAGACCAGAGCAAAGAGCAGUUCUCAGUUCUUUGACAAUAAGGGGCUCAUGGGCUUGUCGUGUCGUCACGACAACCUUCUCUUCCUGGCAAACAUCAAGAGGCCUGGCGAACGCCAGUUCUACAUGUUCACCCUCAUUAGGGUGUUUCACGAAGCCUUUUUAUGA